UCAGGCUCUUUUUUCCUCACUCACACUCUCACUGAACCUCUCUCAUUCUCUCUCUCUCUCUCUCUCUCUCUCUCUCCUCGUUUCGCUGAGAUUCUCCUUCCUAGGGUUUAGGUUUUGUUUGUUGUUUCCAUGGCUUCUUCGUCUUCUGAUCCUGGCUUCAAACACGAACCUGGUGCCUGUAGCACUGCUGCUGCUGGAAGAGGGACGGCGGAAUCUUCCGAGGUUGUUAUGGCGAAUGAUCAGCUUUUACUCUAUAGAGGGUUGAAGAAAGCGAAGAAAGAGAGAGGUUGUACUGCCAAAGAACGCAUUAGUAAAAUGCCUCCGUGUGCUGCUGGAAAAAGAAGCUCUAUAUACCGCGGAGUCACUAGGCAUAGAUGGACUGGUCGUUAUGAAGCUCAUCUUUGGGAUAAAAGUACUUGGAACCAGAACCAGAACAAGAAGGGAAAGCAAGUGUAUCUGGGAGCAUAUGAUGAAGAAGAGGCUGCUGCUAGAGCAUACGAUUUGGCUGCCUUAAAAUAUUGGGGUCCUGGGACUCUUAUUAAUUUUCCAGUGACUGAUUAUACCAGGGACCUUGAAGAAAUGCAGAAUGUUUCAAGAGAGGAAUACCUUGCAUCUCUAAGAAGAAAGAGCAGUGGAUUCUCCAGGGGAAUAUCCAAAUAUCGUGGUCUCUCAAGUCGAUGGGAUCCUUCAUUUGGUCGUAUGCCGGGCCCUGAUUAUGUUAGCAGUAUAAAUUAUGGUGCUGGAGAUGAUCAAGCAACUGAAAGUGAAUUUGUCCACAACUUCUGCAUUGAAAGGAAGAUUGACUUAACAAGUCACAUUAAGUGGUGGGGGCCAAACAAAUCUCGAACGGCCAGUGCAGGCUCAAAGUCAUCAGAAGAAGACAAAAAUAGUUGUGUUGGAGAAGUUGGCAGUGAACUCAAAGCUCUGGGACAGACCACCCGUCCUACAGAGCCAUAUGAGAUGCCCUGUUUGGGUGCUUCUGGAGUAAAGAAGGCUGCUUCCAAGGUCUCUGCUUUAAGUAUUUUGUCACGGUCAGCAGCCUACAAAAGUUUGCAGGAGAAAGCUUUGAAAUUACAGGAAACUAACAACGAGAACGAUGAGAACGAAAAUAAAAACACUGUUAACAAGAUAGAUCACGGGAAAGUGGUUGAAACACCUACCACAAGUCAUGGUGGUGGUGAUCCCAGUGAGAGAUAUGGGGUUACUUUUGGAACAAGUGGUGGAUUGCCACUUCAGAGAAAUAUGUUCCCCUUGACUCCAUUCUUAACAGCACCUCUUCUUAGCAGUUACAACACCGUUGAACCUUUGGGAGAUCCUAUUCAUUGGACAUCUCUUGUUUCUGUUCUUCCUACCGGACUUUCUCGCACAGCUGAGGUUACGAAAACUGAAACCUCUUCAACUUACACUUUGUUUCGGCCUGAGGAAUAAAGUUCAAGGAAUUUCUCGCACACCCUACAAUCACUUUUGGGUUGAUCUCAGUUAGACUGGGUUUCUGUGCUGAUGUUGCAGCAUCUAUACAUGAGAGAACAAGCUUUAAGGAAUAAGGCUUUACUUGAAUCACAUUACGCUCAAGAACACAUUACACAUUGUACAUACCUGAGGCCUCUUCGAUAUUUCUAAAAUGCAAGAGGCGAUGAAUAUGGUCACCAAAGGAAGCACAUACAGUUGAAGAAGAAAGGACGACAUCAAGUCUUAGAAUAUCACACGUCUGUUUUAUAUCAUACACAUGUUAUCUGAUAGUCAUAGUCAUAUAAAUUUGAUUCCGUACUUGAAUGUGUAUUACUUGGUGAUAUUUAUAUCCGGUUAUCGAUAUCAAGAUCUUGCUGCUGUUUCCCACUUUGCUUAGACAAGGAUUGUUGUAUAAUCAUUCUAUUUUCUUUUAACAAAAUUUCAAUGUUUUACUCCCA